AUGAUGCGCGAAGCUGAUGACACCUUAAGCUCGCUUCCGUUCAUGAUCUCUGCGCCGUUUCUGCUGCAAUGCCUGACCGCGUUCCCCGCGUUGGCUGAGGAGUUUUCGUCGUCGUAUUCUCCAGAAAGCUACUACGCAUCCCUCGGUCUCUUCAUAAUCUCCAUACCUGGCCUUUAUUCGCUCAUCAAACGCGCUACGAAAUCCAAGAUUGUGCGAAAGACGUUUGAGGUGCCGGGUCCUGCGGAGCCUGGCGCGAAACCCCUGGCGGUCUUGGCUGGUGAGUUGACGGCGUUCCUCCAACGCAACAACUACAAGGUCAUCGACAUGAAGGAUACCGUCACAUUUGAGGGGAAAUUGGAGCCUAGCCGCAGCCAGGCAGCCUUUCUUGUGUUCUGCACAGCUCUGAGCCUUGCAAGUGUGGCUCUGGUGCUCACCAUUACAAACCCGGAGAUUGGUGAAUGGUGGUAUUCUCUAAUCGGCAUCUCACCCCUUGCAGGUGUUUACUACUGGACAAAAUCUAGUCGCACGGAGCAGAUGCAAGUUAAGAUGGUGACUUCAGAUGAUGAAAAGACGACCGACAUUACGUUUCAAGGGGAUGAUGAAAUUAUUGACAGGUUGCGACGGGAACUGCAGCUCAUGGAGAAAGGAGCGAUAUAUGUGAAGGGAAUCUUUGAAAUGUAG